UUUCAACAAGAUUUUUUCCAUAUUCAGGGCUCGAACUCGAGAUCUCUGGUUAAGGGGGAAAUAGUUCCACCACUACACCACAACCAUAACCCAUGUUGGUGAUGCAUUGUUAAUUAUAUACUUCUCAAGUAAUUUGAUGAAUAGUCUAGUCAGCCGUGAAGUUUGUGAAUUUGUGGACUCCGAGCCUGGUACCAGCAGUCAUGUAUAUUACAAGAAAUUAGAGAUGUUUUCGACUAUAAGUACUGAUUUUACUUCGUUCCAUGGAGUCCAAUCGUGCAAAAGAAAGGAAACUGGAAGAUGAGACGAGAAAUCUGAUAGCUCGUCUGCCAAAUGAAAUAGCACUUGACAUAGUUUCAAGGCUUCCUAUUUCGUCUCUCAUUCAGUUCAGGUUUGUAUGCCAAACCUGGAACAUGUUGACCCGUGAUUCCCGCCUUGUUGAUAUGCAUCUGUCUCGUGCAUCAAAGAUUAACCCAUGCCUCAUCUUUAAGACUUACCAUCCUCAAAAAGAGCAGCUUUUCUUUGUUGAACUGUCUGAUCGUCAUGAUGAUGAACACACAUUGAGAGAGAUUCAGAUUCCCUUUUCGACAUCCAUGGGCAAAUUUCGAAUAGUAGACUCAUGUAACGGUCUGCUAUGUCUAUCUGGUGUCUAUGACCACGAAGAAGCAUACAUAUACAAUCCUUUCAACCGAGAACACAAAAAGCUGCCAAACUGUAAUGAGCUUGAUGUGAAUGAAGUGGUUUAUGGUUUUGGAUUUCAUCCUGUUACUAAUGAGUACAAGGUGAUCAAAAUAGGCUACUAUCCUCAUGUCUAUUAUGUACCUUGGUGUUUUCACAAGUCUGUAAAAUAUGAUUAUCCACUCUCAGAGGUUCACUUGUUCAAUCUGAAAAGCAAUACUUGGAGAAAUUUAGAGGAAUUACCUUACAAGCUUCAUCAUUCUCCCGGGGUUUUAGUCGAUGGAAGGCUCCACUGGGUGACUAGAUUUCACUGGCACCUUGAUCGCCUUAUCGUUGCCUUUGACCUAUCUAAUGAUACAUUUCAAGAGGUUCCAAGGCCUGACUUCACUAUCAACUUAUUUCAUCGUAGAUAUCAUCUGGCUUCCCUAAGAGGGUGCCUAUCAGCAUGUAUAUUAACCUCUAAUGGAGAGAACUUGGAAAUUUGGAUCAUGGAAGAAUAUAACAAGAAAGAAUCUUGGAUGCACAAGUUCAACAUUGGAGAUUCUUCAAUUGUGAGUCGAGAUUUGCCCGAGUCAUGUGACAUUUGGAGGACUAAUUUGCAAAUGGGAACUGUUACAGUAAUGUGUCUCCUCAAUAAUGGUGAUAUCUUGCUAGAUUGUCAAGGUGGGAUUUUAAUUGCCUAUAGCACAGACAAGAAAAUGUUAAAGAGCCUAAGCCUUUGUGGUAUGCCCAAGUCCUGUAAAACAAUUGCUCAUGUAGGAAGCCUUAAUUGGAUAUCUCACUUUGCUUGAAGUGGGAUAUGAUUUGUGUUCUUGUUAUAUCCAUUGUUCAGUCUCUGAAAGAAUACAUACCUUAUCUUCCUUUGUGACAGUCCCUAGGAGAAUCAGCCUUACUACUUAGAACUUGUCAAUUAUAAUCACAAGAAAAACUUGUAUGGAACCUUAGCUUAAUUUUCUUAACAAGAAAGCAAUUCUCGUCUUUGUUUUUCCAAUGUUAAGCAAAUCAAAAAGUGCAGGCCACAUCAUGACAGAUUCCCACGCCUUAACCUGUUUAAUGAGGAAUAUUCUGAUGCAAGUUGUAAUUUAUGCACUCACUGUGCAGCUAACCAUUGAUGGAGACAUGAAAACUAGAAUACUAAUUUUCCAGGCGGACAAAAAUAACAUUGUUGGUUGCAAUCUCCUUGUCUAUUUGUGAUUAUUGAUGGUUGUAUGCAAGUCUUUUCCCCUGCAGAAGCGCUCUUCAUCUCUGAGUUCCUUACUUUUAGUACAAAAAUAUCUCUAGUUCUUAGGUAUUGAGAGGCCACCUUACAAAGUUUUCUUGUUCCUUGUGAGUUAUAAUCUUACUCUGUUACAUGGACUCCGAUCAUGAAAGAGAAAGGAAGCCGGCAGAUGAGAGCAGGAACCUGAUAGAUAGUCUACACUUGACAUAGUUUCAAGGCUUCCUGUUUCAUAUCUCAUUUAGUUCAGCUUUGUAUGCCAAACCUGACAUAUGUUAACACACGAUCCACGCCCUAUCAAUCUGCACCUGUCUCGUGCAUCAAAGAUCAAUCCAUGCAUCAUCAAGACUUAUCAUCCUCAAAAAGAGCAGCUUUUCUUUGUUGAACUAUUUGAUUGUCAUGAUGAUGAACAUACAUUGAGAGAGAUUCAUAUUCCCUUUUCAACAUCCAUGGCUAAAUUUUGAGUCGUAGGCUCAUUUAACAGCCUGCUAUGUCUAUCUGGUGUCUAUGACCAUGAAGCAGCAUACAUAUACAAUCCUUUCAACAGAGAACACAAAAAGUUGCCAAAUUGUAAUGAGCUUGAUGUGAAUGAAGUGGUUUAUGGUUUUGGAUUUCAUCCUGUUACUAAUGAGUACAAGGUGAUCAAAAUAGGCUACUAUCCCCAUGUCUAUUAUGCAACUUGGUCUCCCGGAAAUAUAAACAAGCAUGAUCUUCCAUCUUGGAGAAAUUUAGGGGAAUUACCUUACAACUUCAUUAUUCACCUGGGGUUUUAGUCAGUGGAAGGCUCCUUGUUCGCCUUAUCGUUGCUUUUGACCUGUCUGAUCAUACAUUUCAAGAGAUUCCAAGGCCUGAUUUCAAUGUCAAGUCGAAAAAUGGCAUUUAGAGAAGGAAGAAGACAUUAAAGAGAAGCCUUUAAUAAAAGAGCUCUCCAAAAUCUUGGGUGCCAAGUCGUCGAACUAAUACCGAUGCAGUUUAUUGCAGAUAGGUAUGAAUUCAUCAAAAGAUUUUCUAUGUAUCCUGCACUAUUAGAUUUUCUGUGUAAAUGUAACUUUUUGUCAAGUUCAUCUUUUAACUGACCUUUAUUCAAUAAAGACAGCACUUUCUCAUGUUG